CCGCGCCCCAGAGGAAGCUCCGUGCCCAGCUGGGGGCUCCCCGCCCCACCGAGGGGGCGCCGCCCAGGAGGGUCCCCGCGCCCCCGCGGGCCCCGGCAGGAUGCACGCCGCCCUGGCGGGGCCGCUGCUCGCCGCCCUCCUCGCCACCACCCGCGCCCGCCCGCAGCCCCCGGACGGAGGACAGUGCCGGCCGCCCGGAUCGCAGAGAGAGCUGAACUCCUUCCUGUGGACUAUUCGGCGUGACCCCCCGGCGUACCUGUUCGGCACCAUCCACGUGCCCUACACCCGCGUCUGGGACUUCAUCCCGGACAACUCCAAGGCAGCCUUCCAGGCCAGCGCACGUGUCUACUUUGAGCUGGACCUGACGGACCCCUACACCAUCUCGGCGCUGGCCAGCUGCCAGUUGCUCCCGCACGGCGAGAACCUUCAGGACGUGCUGCCACGGGAGCUCUACUGGCGCCUGAAGCGCCACCUGGACUAUGUGAAGCUCAUGAUGCCGUCGUGGAUGACGCCGGCCCAGCGGGGCAAGGGGCUCUACGCGGACUACCUGUUCAACGCCAUCGCGGGCAACUGGGAGCGCAAGAGGCCCGUGUGGGUGAUGCUCAUGGUGAACUCGCUCACGGAGACCGACGUGCGCUCCCGGGGCGUGCCUGUGCUGGAUCUCUACCUGGCCCAGCAGGCCGAGAAGAUGAGGAAGAGCACCGGUGCCGUGGAGCGGGUGGAGGAGCAGUGCCACCCGCUCAAUGGGCUCAACUUCUCCCAGGUGCUGUUUGCCCUGAACCAGACUCUGCUGCAGCAUGAGAGCGUGAGGGCGGGGGGCCUGCAGGCGCCCUACACAACCGAGGACCUCAUCAAGCACUACAACUGCGGGGAUCUCAACGCCGUCAUCUUCAACCACGACACAUCCCAGGUGAGGCUCCCUCCUCCCACCCAGAUAGCCUGGAGCUACCCAGUUCCAAAGGCCUGGCCCGUGGUCAUUUCGAGGAACAACACAGUCAUCGACGUCCUUCGGCAGGCAGGGCUGGAGGUGGAGCACACACCCGCGGGCCAGACCAUCCACAGCCCCUCACCCCAUCGUCCCUGCACCCCCCCCCAGGGGACCUCGGCGAGCCCGGCCCCAGCCACCCCCCCCGCUGCUGUCCCCCCGGCGCCCUCGGCGACCCCCACCGUCCCGCCUGAGGAGGAGGACCCGGCCCUGUCCCCACACCUCCUGCUCCCCGACAGCCUCAGCCAGCUGGAGGAGUUCGGACGGCAGAAGAAGUGGCAAAAGAGGCAGAACAAGCAGCAGCGGCCACGGCAGUUCAAUGACCUGUGGGUCCGCCUCGAGGACAGCACGGCCGCCUCGCCGCCCCCGCCGCCCCUGCAGCCCACGCACAGCUCCGGGACCGCGGGGCCACCCUUGCAGCUCUCGGAGCGGCUUCAGCAGCGGGAAGAGCCAGGCCCCACCAGCAGCUCAGCGCCCUGCGGCCCACAGCCCGCCCUGGGCCUCCUCCCCGCCCUCCUGGCCAGCGUGGCAGCCCCUCUGGUGCGGCACACCCUGGGGCCCUCCUGACCUUGGCUACCAGUGCAGAGAAGCCAGAGAGACCACAGGAGGGUGUGUGGCCACACCCCACUGCCCCUGCCACCACCUCCAGGGCGCCUGACCCCUCACGGGCAGUCCAGACGGGAUCCGUUAGAAGACUAGAGCUUUAUCGUACCUGAGUUACAUCUUCUUUUUUGUAGAAGGAUCUUAAUUUCCCAUAGUGCUAUGGGGCUCUUUUGUAAAAUAUGUGUCCAUAUUAAAAAAGAAAAAUGUAUUUAUUCUACCGAUAAACUAUUUUUAUGUGGCCUAUGUUAACCCUUAAUUAGCCCCAAUGCCAACCCAGGAAGUGAACCCAGGCUGCCAGGAUGUCCGCAACCUCAGGCAGACCGUGGCUUUGAACUGGCGUGCUCCUAGACCCGCAGAAGCCUCCGGUGUCUGGGUUUGGCUUCUCCCACCAUGGGGUCCUCAGAGAGAGGGGCAGGCAGACAGGCUUAGCUUUUGUGAAGCUGGAUCUGGGAGCCAGAGGAGCCAGAGAUGUGAACGCUGACGAUCCUUCCCUCCCCUGGAAGCAUCCUCGGGUGGGAAGAUACUUUAGGAAAGAAUGCUGCUAUUUUGAAAACCCUGAGUGUCUGUGAACUGGCCUCCAGAGCUCUUGGUAAGGGUUUGGACCAAAGCACGGGGGUAGGGGAGGGACGGUGGUGCUGAGGGAGGUCAUCCCCCAGCCCUCUGUGACAAAUGGUUAAAUGGAGACCCAAAGAGAGGAAGGUGGUUGCCCAAGGUCAUGCAGCAAGUAGGAGAGCUGGGGUGUGAAUCCGGACCCCUCUGUUCUGGUUUCAUUAAUCUUCUGUAAGCCUGGCUUAUAGAGGAGCCUGUUGAAGUCACGGCCAGACAGAGUGAGCUGGGCCAAAGGACAGCGUGGGCACAGAAGGGCAAUUGUAGGGACGGGGCUCUAGGAGCCGCAUGGUAAUAAAGACCCUCAUGGAAGCCACCGUUUGUCCAAAGCCGCAGCGGGACAGGCACUUUGCACACUCACUUUAUCACUGGUCCUCAUGCCAGUUCUGUGAGGUGUGAUUGUCCCCAUUUCACAGAUGAGGAAACUGAGCCCCCCAAACAGAUAAACGGACUUGCUCAAGGUCACCUAGCUGGGACAUGGUCCCAGAUCAGUAUGAUUCAGAAGUGAUGCUUUGUCCCCUGGACCCUAUUCUGCCAUGUUCUUUUGCACAGGGAAGCUCCAAGGAAGGCCGAUCCCACCCAAAUGGGCCAGCACAAGCUCCUUGCUCCAGCCAAAGACCCCCUGGCCACGGUCACUCAUGUUGGCCCCUCUGAAUGAAGGCCUCUGGCAACAGCAUGUGCCACAUGUCCUAUGCCCCAACUUAUCUUAUCUUGGAGCCAGUGAGAGGCUUUCCUAUCAAAUCAGAGGCUGGCAGAGGGGAAUCUGGGGAGGCAGAGCAGCCAAAUGGGGGCAGGCAGGCAACUGAGACUUAGGGAGACUGACCUCACUCCUCUCUCACAGCCUCCAGGGCAGUAGCUGAGAAAGCCGAGGACCCAAGCUGGCUGCCUCCUAGCCCUAAAUCCUCAGAGGGCUGGUGGCUCACCAGUUAACAGAGUUUGGGAAUCCGAGAGCAAAAAGGGCCCCUCAUUUGACAGAUAAGAACAGUAAGAGUAGUCAUGAGGCCCAGAGAGGGGAGGCACUUCCCCAAGGCUGCACAGCUGGGCAGGUCUGCAGACCCCUGGCCCAGGGCUCCACAGCGUCACUACACAUGGGCUUCCCUGGCAGACCUGGCACGGGCUGAUUGGAGCCAAUGCCGUCGUGCCCAGCCCGGCAGCUGCCUCCCUUCUGAGACAGAAUUCUGGGCAGCUCUGGAUGGCCAGAGGUCCCAUGAGCGUCUUGGCCAGCAGCUAACUUCUUUUCAUAUUGGCCCUGGAUGGACAAGAUUGAGCUUCAGACCUGGCAGGAGCCCUGGGAUCUGCUUCAGAGGGUCCAGCCAGCCCCAUGGGCAGCACGUUGUAAACUGAACUUGACCCCAACCAGAGCUGGAGUCCGUUUAUCUUUGGAAAAAAUGUGACUUCCUAUUUCUGAGUGGGAAGGGGCUUCGCUGACUUCUAAAGCAGGCUCGGAAGGCCUGUGGGACAUUGAACAGAUGGUGCAAGCACUCUGCAGAUGAGAUAAGUGUCAAGGAAUUAGAAGCACCCAGGCCAGACUCCCCUCGGUUCAGGGCAGAGUGUGGCAGGAGACGCACUCAGCCGAAGCUUGAGGUGAAUUAACGAUGAAGCAGUGGGUGGACAGCCCAGGUGACUGGCUGCAUGCCCGGGUCUGUGCCGGGCACGAGGCCACAGAGGUCCAUCAACACGCUGUGUGACUGUUGAGCACGCGCGGUGCCAGCUGUGCGCUGAGGCCUCAUCUGUGCACCUUUCCUGGCCCAGAGGAACCCCUCGUCAUCGAGGUAGAACAUGCAGCCCAAUCGUAGGUUCUAGAAGGAGCUUUACAGGUCGUCCUACCCAGGCCCCUGACCACACAUUCAGCCCUAGUCUUCCCCAGAUCCCUCAUCCGGAGAGAUUCAGAGAUUCCAGACGUUCCCUCCAGCAAGCAAGCGCUCAGUGUUUAAAGAAAGACGGAUGGUGGCAGAUGGGGGGGCCGGCUGAUUAGGGAGGCCUGUGCCGACCAGACAGCCAGAGCCAAUGCCAGCUGGACAUCGACAGCCUGAGCUCACGGAUCCCGGCGGCCCACCCACCGCCCCAUGGGGGAAACUAACGGAGCAUGCCGACUUACGUCCCAGAAGACCUGAGGCACAUCUGUGGGAAUCUGCAUGGCCAGGGGCACUGAAUUCCCUCAGCCCAAGCCAGGGAACCACCACGCCAUCCGGAGCCGCUUACACACUUUGGACGAUUUAUCCACCACGCUGACAUUUUUUCCAGCAUGUUCUGUGUGCCUGGCCUUAUCAAAAGCCCCUGUUGCUCUGAGAGCCUUGUGGACAUUUCUUCGGGCUUCCGUGUUUGACCUUCAGGCGGCAGAGAAGAUGGAAGGACUGAGACCCAGCAGGCUAACCGACCUGCCUGAGGUUAGGCAGCGUGUCAGUGGUGGCCCUAGGUCCCCUGUCUCAGGAAAACAGACCAAAUGGCCCAGGGGCAUUCUGGAAGCUGCCAGCACGGCCACGUCCUUCCAGCCUUCCUCCAGGCUGUUCUGACGUGCCAGCAGCCGGGUGAAGGUGGGGAGAGUGGAGAUGUUAGGCCCCCCAAGGGCCCCCGCAGCUGAGAUGCGCAGACCCAGAGUGGGUGAAGCACGGAAACUCGCGCUGACUGGCAAAUUUGCCUGCGCGCCAAAAACCACGAGCUGACCGUUCUCAUACGGAACGCUCUGCCGUCUACUGCCUCGCCCCGGCUAGGCCCGGGCCAGCCGCAGGGCUCGGGCGCUGGUUCCACCGGCCCGGUCUCCAGCCCGGUGCCCUCGGCACAAUGGAUCCCGAAGAAUGGUCCUCCUCCAAAAGGAACAUUUAUGAAAACCACCGAAAGGAUGAGAGAAGCCCCACCUGAAGACUGCAGCUCUGAUGGUGCCCGUGUGGCGAGAACAGAACCGGGGCUCCGCUGACUGUGGGAAAAGGACAGGAGUCCUUGGCCUGGCCUUCCAGACCCUCCAUGAUCAGGCCCUGCUGACUUUGCCAGCCACAUCACCCUGCUCUCCUACUCUGUGCCUGGCCAGACUAAAUCCUUCUUGUCAUUUCUAGAAUAGACAGGAUGUUUCACACGUGCCACUCCCUGGACUUGGAAACUCCCGUCUCUUUCCCCGAGACCUCAUUUUUGGAGGAUUAGCUUAGAUAGCACUUCCUCCAGGAAGCCCCCUAUAAUUCUUUCUUGCUUUUUUAGCAUCUAGCAUAACACCCACUGAUCACGUUGAGACUGUAAGAGCGUAUCUGCUCUCCUAUCGGACCGGGAGCUCCUUGAUGGCAGAGGUCAUAUAAAUUCGUCUUUGGAUCCUCAUCUGACACAAAGAUGGCACUCAGUAGAUGUGCAGAGAGGGAAGGAAGAAGAAAGGAAUGAAGAGAGGAAAGGAGAGACAAAGACCUCAGCUCUGGUAGCGGAAUAAUCUCUACAAAGCCAAAGUUAUCCCCUGCAGGUGGUGAGUUUGCUGUCAGCAGAGGUGUGAGCAGGGCAGCAGGCCCGCCAGCUGGAGAUGUGCUAUGAGAGCUAAAGUCUUGGCAAGGGACUGGUGUGGAUGACAUCGAGGGUGCCUCCUGGGUCUGUAAUACUUAGGUUCUUUGAACAUUGUUAUUUUUCCAAAAAUUCGUCUAAGCAGCCAAAAACAUCACCCGGGCUGGCCGUCUAAACCAGUAGGGUUCAGGAAUCCAUCCAGCCUCACACCCCCGUUCUUCAAGAGCCCAGCCAGGAGUGACGUAAAUUGGCAGGCUUGCCUGCUACCCUGAGGCAGGGGGACUUCUGGGUGGUGGGGGAGGGCUGGACUGGAACUCAGGGCCCCUGACCCCAGCCCGGAGCUCCUUCCCUCCCUGCCCCUGACCAUAGGAACAGAAGAGUGGGGUCACGAGGACUGAUCGACCCCCUACCGGACCCCUUCCUGGGAGUUUGGGCACACCCUCAGAUCUCCCCACCCUUUCUCCAGACGUUGGCUUUUCCGCUCCAGAGGUGCUCUGGAGACUUCUUCACUUUGCUGGGUGACCUUGGGCAAGCCCCUGCUCCUUUCUGAGCCUCUCUUUCCUCAUCUGUUACAUGGAGACCUUGUCUCCUGCCCGAGCUGUUCUGGGGGCUGAAGGAAUGCUGUGUGCGAUCUCAAGGCUCCAUGAAGGUGAGGCACCGCCCCUCCUCGGGCUCCGUGCUCGGCUUUCCUCCCGGGCCCUGCAGACCUCCUUGAGGUCGGGAGCAUGUCGCAGACAGGGAAGGGUGACAGAGUAGCACACCUUAAAGGUAGCUCCCUCCCAGACCUGCUGCAGGGUGAGUGGGCUUUGGAUGGGACCUGAGUCUAAGGCAUUUCCAGGGAGGCUCUGAGACGCCUUGGGCCCCAGGGGCUGGGGCAGCGGGGGCUGACUCUUGGCCAAGGGAGGUCCUAGGCCAGAGCAGGGGCAGCUGGAGCUCCUGCCCCAUUCCCGGGCUUCAAAGAGAUUGCAGAAGGUCCCCCAGCUGACUCUCGUUAUGUGACACAAGCUUCAGAUCUUAAUGUAUUUGAAAGACAUUGGUGAUGUUGUUCUUUUAACCACCUCCUCCCUUCACCUCUGUGAAUUAUCGUGAAGAGUCCUUUAAGAAUAUAGAAGAUAAAGAUGCUAUUAAUAUUAUUUUGCCAAAAAUAUUUUUGUAGCAUAAUAUAU